AUGAAAACAAGCACUUCCUUUGAUCUUCCAUUUGAUAUAAUAACCCACAUUUUGGCUAUGUUUCCUGUGAAAACUCUAGUGAAAUUCCGGGCAGUGUGCACAUCCUGGCGCACUUACAUCGAGUCCCCUUAUUUCAUCUCCAAGCAUCGCGAUCUUUACAAUAAACACCAUUCCAAAAACUCCCAUUUACUGAUUACAUCAAUUCGUUCUGGACGAUUCUACCUACGACGUGUUACCAACGAUCAGAAUUCAAUCACAGUUACUCUUCUUGCUCCUUUUUCUGCUGAUUUUACAAUACCAUGGACUUAUUCAGUCUGCAAUGGGUUAUUUUUACUGAGCUUAUAUGGUGAUCGUCAAAAGGGAUUUUCCACCUCUUGUGAUGAUUAUAAGGUGCUUGCCUAUCAGCUUCGUACCAUCAUUAAUGGUAAUGAGUAUGAGGCCGCCAUGGCAUAUAUUGGUUUACUGAAGGUGAUCCAAGAAUUAUCCACUCUUUUGGGUGAUCCAAGAAUUAUCCACUCUUUUGAUUUUAAUACAGAAGAAUUCAAUAAUGUGGCAUUACCCGAGCCACUGAAAGAAUGUGCGAGUUUAAUUCUUUUCACCAUCGGCGAGUUGUUAGCUGUUAUAUCAUCGUUCUGCAUAUAG